AGUUCCCAUCUGGCCGGGUAUCCUAGGCCUAUAUCUAUGAAUUCUGGUGAGCGUUUCUCGGACUGCUGCUACUUAGAGAAGCCAAAAUUAAAGGCACUGAGUUUAUCUGGGACUCCGGAGAGCGCAUCUCCAGGACCCGGGAGCUCUUUGAUGGGUGGGGCGGCGCCUGUGGCACUUCUAGCCUCCGAACGCUUGGGGGAGCUGUGAUCUCUGCGUGUCUUGUGCGGCACUGGAAGUCACUGCGCAAGCGCACUUUGGGCUUUUCGUCGUCCCCACGUGCGAAAUCUUCUUGGCAACUUUUACAAAAAAAAAAUGCCCAAAUUCAAGGCGGCCCGUGCAGCUGGGAGUCAGGAGAAGCAUGCGCCGCUGGCCGAGCAGAUCCUGGCUGGGUACACAGUACGGCCAGGGGCCCGAGAAAAGCGACGGGGUCGCGGGACCGAAGAGGAGGAAGAGUAUGUAGGGCCCCGAUUGACCCGACGGAUUUUGCAACAAGCCCGGCAGCAACAGGAGGAGCUCGAGGCCGAGUACGGAACCGGGGACCGGCCGGCCAAGCCGCUGGAGCGCGCCACGCGGCUGGGGCCCAGAGUGCCACAGGAUGGAUCAGAUGAUGAGGACGAGGAGUGGCCCACCCUGGAGAAGGCAGCCAAAAUGACAGGGGUAUGCCACCCAGCAGAGGUGGUCGUGGACCCAGAGGAUGAGCGUGCCAUUGAAAUUUUCAUGAACAAGAACCCUCCUGCCAGGUGCACCCUGGCUGACAUCAUCAUGGAGAAGCUGACUGAGAAGCAAACCGAAGUUGAGACGGUCAUGUCAGAAGUGUCGGGCUUCCCUAUGCCACAGCUGGACCCCCGGGUCCUAGAGGUCUACAGAGGGGUCCGGGAGGUGUUGUCUAAGUACCGCAGCGGGAAACUGCCCAAAGCUUUCAAGAUCAUCCCUGCAUUGUCUAACUGGGAGCAGAUUCUCUAUGUCACAGAGCCUGAGGCCUGGACUGCAGCUGCCAUGUACCAAGCCACCAGGAUCUUUGCCUCUAACCUGAAGGAACGUAUGGCCCAGCGCUUCUAUAACCUCGUCCUGCUUCCCCGGGUGCGAGAUGAUAUUGCUGAGUACAAACGACUCAAUUUCCACCUCUACAUGGCCCUCAAGAAAGCCCUGUUCAAGCCCGGAGCCUGGUUCAAAGGAAUUCUGAUUCCACUGUGCGAGUCUGGCACUUGUACCCUCCGGGAAGCCAUCAUUGUGGGUAGCAUCAUCACCAAGUGCUCCAUCCCUGUGUUGCACUCCAGUGCAGCCAUGCUGAAAAUUGCAGAGAUGGAAUACAGCGGUGCCAACAGCAUAUUCCUACGACUGCUGCUGGACAAGAAGUACGCACUGCCCUACCGAGUGCUGGAUGCCCUAGUCUUCCACUUUCUGGGCUUCCGAACGGAGAAGCGCCAGCUGCCAGUGCUCUGGCACCAGUGCCUCCUAACAUUGGCCCAGCGCUACAAGGCAGACUUGGCCACAGAACAGAAGGAGGCCCUCCUGGAACUGCUCCGGCUGCAGCCCCAUCCACAGCUGUCCCCUGAGAUUAGGCGUGAGCUUCAGGGUGCAGUCCCCAGAGAUGUGGAAGAUGUUCCCGUCACUAUGGAGUGAGAAUGGCCCAAGGAGCAUGGGAUCUGUUGGUGACAGAGGGUGACACUUCAUGGCUAAAGACCUAAAUCAGGGCACUGGGGCAUCUGUGGCUCCCAGUCUUGGGCAGGGGAACUGAGUUUGGUUGGCUCCUCCCAUUCUAGACUUUGGUCUCUGCUCACUUCUGGGACCUGAGGUUCCACACCCCAGCAUUUCCACACCCAGGCUGGGGCUUGGCAUAAGUCCUUCCUUCCCAGCUAUUGUGUCAUGUCACUGGGAUGCUGAUUAAACAAAGGCAGGUAUUUAUUGGAGCUCUGGGUUUUGGCGUGGUCCAUGGAGGCCUUCCUACUUCCCUCUAGCUUUCCUGUUCUCAAUUUGUUUCUCUAGGCUGUACUAAAUUUGUUCGCCCCAGUGGGUGCAUUGUCUCCUGCUCCUGACAGGACACCACUGCUUUGGCAGUACCAGCAGGUUGUUGGGAAGCUAGUCAGGGCAGAGCUGUGGAUGAAGCCUCUCCUCAAGGACAGAGACAAGGAAGGUCAGGCCCAGGAAUGAGUAGAUCCAAGUCAGCACCAGUAAGGGUUUCUUCCUAGCUUUCUGACCAGUGGUUAGUGAAUUAGGGCCAAAUGCCUAUUUUUAUGUAGCUGGUGAACCAAAAAAUGAUUUUUACAUUUUGAAAUGUUUGAGGGGAAGUUAAAAGGACAGUAUUUUGUGACAUGGGAGAAUUACAUGAAAUUAAAUUCUUAGUGUCCAUAAAGUUUUCUUGGAGCACAGCCAUGCCCCAUCCAUUUUGCUUACUGUGGGUGCCUUUAUGCCACCAUAGCAGAGCUGGGUGUCACCCUCCUGUAGACACUUGUUACUCGCUUUUGAAAAUGUGUUUGUUGCUGCCCGAUUAAUGUUUGGAAACAGGUUUACUUGAGUGCAGAAAACUGUUCCCAGCUGAACCAAGACAAAUGACAACCCAAAACUACCAGUGCCCUCAGCUCACCCAUGUCUGGGAGGUAUUGCUGCUGUUCCACCACUGCAUCAGAACAAGGUGUAAGGUCCACUUCCACAAGCAGGGGCCAUAUUUAUUAUAGGUUGUUUCUUACCCAUUAACAUGUAAAAGUAUGCUUUUUCUUUUAAAAAAAAAAGGGGGGGGCUGGUGGAGUGGCUCAAGUGAUGAGUGCCUGCCCUGAGUUCAAGCCCCCCAGUAACACCCCCAAACAAAAAACACAUUUAGGAUUUUCUUUCCUACAGUGCUGGGGCCUCCUGUGUGCCAAGGAAGAGCUAUACCGCUGACCCCCACCCAGCUCCACUCGGUUUUUUUUAAGAGAGGGCCUUGUCAGGUGCUGGUGGCUCACAUCUGUAAUCCUAGCUAUUCAGGAGGCAGAGAUCAGAGGAUCACUGUUUGAA